AUGUCGUCGUACGCGUACUCGGACUACGGGGAGAAACCGACGGAGCGGUCAAGAUGGACGCCGUUGAACAGGAUGUUGUUGUCUGGAGAGAUGACACAGGAGAAACAGAAGGAUUUGUCCAUGGCGGAGAAGUUCGACCGAUGGAUGAUUAACGAGGGUUACCGAAGAUUUUUUGUCUUCGUUUUCAUGGCUCUGCACGCCAUGGUUUUCGCAUUUGGUUUCGUCAACUAUGCCGUCAAGGAUAACCUGCAAGUUGCGCGAGACACCUUUGGUCCGACCUACAUGAUUGCCAGAUCCGCCGCUCUGGUGCUCCAUAUCGACGUUGCUCUGGUUCUGCUGCCGGUGUGCAGGACGUUUAUCUCCAUCGCCAGACAGACGCCCCUGAACGGCAUUAUCCAGUUCGACAAGAACAUCACCUUCCAUAUUACUACGGCGUGGUCCAUCUUCUUCUUCUCGUGGGUCCACACGAUUGCUCACUGGAACAACUUUGCACAGAUCGCGGCCAAGAACAACCUGGGUAUCUACGGCUGGCUUCUUGCCAACUUUGUAUCCGGACCUGGCUGGACGGGAUAUAUCAUGUUGAUUGCGCUGACCGGCAUGGUGCUGACCUCGUAUGAGAAGCCCCGACGAGCCAACUACGAACGAUUCUGGUACACUCACCACAUGUUCAUCGUUUUCUUCCUGUUCUGGUCCUUCCACGGAGCCUUUUGCAUGAUCCAGCCCGACACCGCACCGUUCUGCAUUUCUGUCGGAACGACAGCCAUCGGUGUCUUCUGGCAGUACUGGAUGUAUGGUGGUUUCAUUUACCUGGCUGAGCGUGUUGCGCGCGAGGUUCGAGGACGACACAAGACCUACAUCUCCAAGGUCAUCCAGCAUCCCAGCAACGUCUGCGAGAUCCAGAUCAAGAAGGAGAACACCAAGACGAGGGCCGGACAGUACAUCUUCUUCUGCUGCCCCGAGGUGUCGCUGUGGCAAUACCACCCUUUCACCCUCACCAGCGCACCGGAGGAAGACUACAUCUCGAUCCACAUGCGUGUCGCCGGUGACUUCACGACGGCCGUGGCCACCACUCUUGGCUGCGACUUUGGCAAGAAGGGCAAGGAUACCUCAAAGGUCGUCGGUGUGGACGGGCAGAGCAGCGAUGUCGACCCGGCCCUGAAGCGAGUCCUUCCUCGAGUCUACGUUGAUGGGCCCUUUGGUUCCGCCUCCGAGGACGUGUUCAAGUACGAGGUUGCCGUUCUGUGCGGUGCUGGUAUUGGUGUCACGCCCUUCGCCUCGAUUCUGAAGUCGAUCUGGUACCGCAUGAACUACCCGCAGAAGAAGACGCGCCUGGCCAAGGUCUACUUCUUCUGGAUCUGCCGAGACUUUGGCUCCUUCGAGUGGUUCCGCUCGCUCCUGCUGGCCAUCGAGGCCCAGGACGUCGACGGCCGCAUCGAGAUCCACACGUACCUGACGGCCAAGAUCAAGGCCGACGAUGCCACCAACAUCAUGAUCAACGACGCCAACGCCGACAAGGACACCAUUACCGGCCUGAGGAGUCCGACCAACUUCGGCCGCCCCAACUGGGACAUGAUCUUCCGCGGUAUCCGGAAGCUGCACGCACCCGCCGAGGCCGGCGUGUUCUUCUGCGGACCGAAGGGUCUAGGUAGUGCGCUGCAUAUCUUCUGUAACAAGUACAGUGAACCUGGUUUCUCCUUUGUCUGGGGCAAAGAAAACUUCUAG